UAUUACAGAAAAUGAAUUUGAUUUCACAAAUUCGGACCGAAUUUGAAAGGCAUUUAAUCAGCAUCGACACCUAUGAAGUGGUAAAACAGGCAAAAAGUUUAGUCUUGGUGGAAAUAAUUCUCCAACAUGCAGAAAACCAAAACAACAAAGUCAAACUCCUUAUCGAGAAGUGUUCGCUUGUAAAACUGACAGAAGCGGAACGAACACACCAAUUACUUAGAUUGGAGAAAGAUACAGAAUUACUUAAGAAAAGCACCUGCUGUUGCGGCUUAGCUUUACAAUGCCUUAAUGUCAAAUAUGCAAAUGAGGCGAAAUUAUACAGUAUCUGGAGAAAAUUAUGCAGCGAUCUGCGAGAAAAUGGAUACUGCAAAGAUUGGCUGUUUACUCAAGAAGUUUUGAAAAAUUCCAGUGACGUCACCAAGAAUGCCAAACGAAUGCGACGACGUGUUCAGAGGGGCGUGUCGUACAACGAGAGAGGUGCUACUCAUUAUCAAUUUGUCGCCAUUUCCGGUUCCAGUUUUGUCGACCACGGUUUCAGGAUUCUGCAAGACGAAGUGGAUGUGGCAAAGUUUGCUAAAGAAAAAUGAACUACCGGUAGUGAAGGACAUCUUGUACAAUAAUGGAUUACAGAAUGAAAUAACAGUCAGAUAGUCAACUGUUUUGUUAACUCACGUGAAUAGAAGGUUCAAGUGAUAUUUUCUGAUCGCCUGUUGUCCGUUAUCUGUCUGUCUGUCCGUAUGUUAACUUUUUAAUCUAGGUUCACUGGACAAAUUUCAACCAAACUUACCACAGAGCAUCCUUGAGUGAAGGGGAUUUAAGUUUGUUCAAAUGAAUGCCAUGUACUCAAGCAACAUCAGAUAGUGCAUAAUCAUGUUUGUUUAAUUGCUCAGGAGUAGGGUGGGGCUCAGAGUUUUACAUCGGAAAAUAUUGGAAAUAAAAAAAAAAAAAAUUAAAAAAAAAAAAAAAUUCAAUCAAAGCGGGACCACACCAAAUAAUAUAGAUAUGCACAUAUACCUAACUUUUGUGGAUUCAAGUUUUUCAAAACAUGGACCUGGG